AUGGCCAUGAGCGUGUCUGCCCUGAGCGUGGCCGCCGAAGAGGCAGAGGCCGCUGCGGCCGGCUUCGACACCUUCCGACCUUUUCUCCCCGAACAUGCGUCGGAGGUCACCGCCCUGAUCUCGGAAUUCUAUGCCAUCAGCUCAUCUCUGUCUAGUCUGGAGACCUUGUCCAAAGAUCCUCGUUAUCUCCGAAACUGGCCUCGCGCCCUUCCCGAUCUGGAAUUGGUUCGCUCGAGCUUGAAGUACUCGAUCGAGGAUAUCUUCGAUUUUUUGGCCUCCUCAAAGGUGGCGAGGUCGGCCCACGAGAGCAUCGGCGGACCUGGGCGUGGCUCCGAAUCCCUGCUCUUUGUCACCUUGCGCAGCAACAUUAAAACCCUCGUAGCAGAUCAGGAGAAGCGGCUCGCUCCGCGACUCGGACGCAUGAAUUUUGGUCGCCAUUCGUUCCUUGCCCGUGAGUGGCCACCCUCGAGCACCAGCACGGAAUCGCCGAGUCCUGCCAAUGACUGGAGGCCUCGUCGUCGGUCCUAUGACCGAUCGCGUCCGUCGCAUGCCUCGCCUCAAUCUCCUCAAUCGCCCUCGUCCGGCACCUUCUCGGAUUGGCCCCCGUCUGUCCCGGACGCGCCCAGUUCACCGCUGGGAUCCACAACAGCAACUACUACGAGUCGCUCGACUCAUUCGGAAGCUGUUCAAUACCAUUGGGUCAAGGAUGUAUUCUCAGGAUUCGAUACCGAGACGCCGCUUCCUCCAGCACGAGAGAGAGCGGGAUGUUUUGGCGAUCCUUCUCCGAAUAUCAAACAUUGGCUUCAAGAUCAAGGAUAUGAAUUGCUUUUCCAAUUAGCAUUCAACGAUGCUGCCAACAUGACUGUUUAUUAUUACUUGCGCGAGAAAGACCAUCGGGUUCGCAUUGUCUGCAAAGUCCCCCACCGCACCCGAGCCAAUGAAUACUAUUGCCUGCCUUUGAAUUUGCUUGAAAUCAUCCGAGAAGGGUCGUCCCUUCAUCUCUGUCGACGGAAGCAUUCUGGCAGUGAGCUUAUAUUGUGGGCAAGCCUACAAUUCACGUCCAUCGAAAACAUGGUUGCAUUCUUCGUUAGUUUUCUCGCACUUCGUUCGCAGGAUAAUGGCCACCCGGUCGAAGGGAUUCGUGAUUACGAGUUGGAAGGCGAAAGAGAACUAUACGGCGGUCGCAUUUACGAUGACGAUUAUUCGCAUGCCUUGCGCAUAUUCCGUGACAAGACAACAAAAGCGGUUCGGCUCCAGGCAUCCGUUCAUAAGGGCGAGAUGAACCGAACGCCCGUCUGGACCGGCUUCAUCACUACUCACCUAGUGCGCCGUGGCUGGCUGAACCGCGUCAGUGACCGCAGUGUAGUUAUACGAGACUUCAAGCCCAUCAUCUUAAUGCUGCCUGACGAUUAUAUGCCGCCACAAACAAGUCGGGGCGACCAUGUGCUCAAAUUUGCUACUGCAGCUGAUGCCGAUGCCUUUGUGGAAAUGAUGGAAGAUCUAGCUGCAAAAUACCAGCGAGACUAUGUGAUUGCUUCCUAA